ACUUGGCAGGAGCUACUCGCUACCAACACGGCCCCUAAUUGGCCCUCCCAUCUUGUCGUGAGGUGCUCCAUCCGCACAAGGCCUCUGCUUAUAAGGGCAAAGCUUAGGUGGAAGGUUGGCGAGGAGUGCCAGAAUGGAGCCUCAGCAAGUCGAGCUCAGCCACUUGGACGGCCGGGAUGCCAGGCCAGGCACCAAUGGUGGAAGAACUGAUUCUGCGGAGGAGGUCGACGACUGCCCAAUCGAGGAGGUCCGGCUCACCGUGCCCAUCACGGACAACCCGGCAUUGCCGGCGCUGACGUUCAGGACAUGGUUCCUGGGGCUCAUCUCCUGCGCGCUGCUGGCGUUCUCCAACCAGUUCUUCGGCUACCGGCAGAACCCGCUGUACAUCUCCUCCCUCUCGGUCCAGAUCGUCGUGCUGCCGCUCGGCAAGCUCAUGGCCGCCUGCCUCCCCAAGAAGGCCGUCAGAAUCAGGGGCACCAAGUGGUCCUUCUCCCUGAACCCGGGGCCGUUCAACCUCAAGGAGCACGUCCUGAUCACCAUCUUCGCCAACACUGGCUCCAACUCGGUGUACGCCGUCGGCAUCAUCACCAUCGUCAAGGCGUUCUACCACCGGGAGAUCCAUCCGCUCGCCGCCAUGUUGCUCACUCAAACCACCCAGUUGAUGGGGUAUGGUUGGGCGGGCCUCUUCAGGAAGUUCCUUGUGGACUCCCCCUACAUGUGGUGGCCUGCAAACCUGGUGCAGGUCUCCCUCUUCAGAGCUCUGCACGAGAAGGAGAAGAGGCCGAAGGGAGGGACGACGAGGCUGCAGUUCUUCCUGACAGUGCUGAUCACGAGCUUCGCCUACUACAUUGUGCCCAACUACCUGUUCCCGACCAUCUCCACCAUCUCCCUGGUGUGCCUGGUAUGGAAGAACUCGGUCACCGCGCAGCAGAUCGGCUCGGGCGUGUACGGCCUCGGCGUGGGCUCCUUCGGCCUGGACUGGGCCACCGUCGCCGGGUUCCUGGGCACGCCGCUGUCGACGCCGGCGUUCGCCAUCGCCAACAUCAUGGCCGGCUUCUUCCUCAUCGUCUACGUGAUCGUGCCCGUGGCCUACUGGACCGACGCGUACGGCGCCAAGCGCUUCCCCAUCAUCUCCUCCCACGUGUUCAUGGCCAACGGCAGCCGGUACGACGUGAACAAGGUGCUCGACCCGGCGACCUUCCAGUUCAGCCAGGCCGGCUACGACGGCGCCGGCCAGAUCAACCUCAGCAUCUUCUUCUCCUUCACCUACGGCCUCAGCUUCGCCACGCUCGCGGCCACCCUGUCCCACGUCGCCCUCUACCACGGCAGGUCGAUAUGGGAGCAGACCAAGGCGACGGUGCGCGCGCAGAACGCCGGCGACGUGCACACCAGGCUGAUGAAGAGGAACUACGCCGCCGUGCCGCAGUGGUGGUUCCAGGUGAUGCUGGUCCUCGUGCUCGGCCUCUCCGUCUUCACCUGCGAGGGCUUCGGCCGGCAGCUGCAGCUCCCAUACUGGGGCGUCCUCCUCGCCGCCGGUCUCGCCUUCUUUUUCACGCUCCCCAUCGGCAUCAUCACCGCCACGACGAAUCAGCAACCGGGUCUGAACGUUGUGACCGAGCUGAUCAUCGGGUACCUGUACCCGGGACGGCCGCUCGCCAACGUCGCGUUCAAGACGUACGGCUACAUCAGCAUGUCCCAGGCGAUCAUGUUCCUGCAGGACUUCAAGCUGGGCCACUACAUGAAGAUCCCGCCGCGCUCCAUGUUCAUCGUCCAGCUGGUGGGGACGGUCCUGGCGUCGUCGGUGUACUUCGGCACGUCGUGGUGGCUGCUGGAGAGCGUGCCCAACAUCUGCGACCCGUCGAAGCUACCGGAGGGGAGCCCCUGGACGUGCCCUGGCGACGACGUCUUCUUCAACGCGUCCAUCAUCUGGGGCGUGGUCGGGCCCCUGCGCAUGUUCGGCCGGCUGGGCCUCUACGCCAAGAUGAACUACUUCUUCCUCGCCGGUGCGCUUGCUCCGGUCCCCUUCUGGGCGCUGUCCCGGGUGUUCCCGGGGAGCGCGUGGGCGCCGUGGCUCCGGCUCGUCAACAUGCCCGUGCUGCUGGGCGCCACGGGGAUGAUGCCGCCGGCGAGGUCCGUCAACUACCUCAUGUGGGGCGCCGUGGGGCUCGCCUUCAACCACGUCGUGUACCGGAGGUACAAGGGCUGGUGGGCGCGCCACAACUACGUGCUCUCGGCGGGGCUUGACGCCGGCGUCGCCUUCAUGGGCAUCGUCUCCUACGCCGUGCUGCAGUCCAGGGGCGUCAACGGCGUCGACUGGUGGGGGCUGCAGGUCGACGACCACUGCGCGCUCGCCAGGUGCCCCACGGCGCCCGGAGUCCGGGCCCCGGGUUGCCCAGUUCACUAGCCGCCAGCCGGGCACUCGGCUGUCAUCGGUGUCGCAGUAGUAUUCUAGAAUAGCUAAUCCCAGUCAGAAAAAGAUUAGAGAAGGAAACAACGCGUGCAAAGGCAUGCUAAGUGUCCAGUUUCUGAUACAGUUACCAUUUGUGAUCUUCUCGACAAGCAACUGUAUAAACAGUCUUAGCAAAGCUAAUUUGUGAAGCUAAGAUCUUUUCCUUUA